UAUGAAUUCCUCUAGAUUUAAGUUUUUUUUUUCGUAGUUUCAUGUUUGUUUAAUUUCGUAUUCUUAGUCGAUUCAAAUAUGCAACUGUUAUCCGCUUUCGUCCCUGGUUUAUCAGCUUCAUCUAUGGAGAUAUACAGAUCUGAGUUGUUAGAAGAUAAUUCAAAAGAAGAGAGUCGAGAUAUGAAUCAUUGUGGAAUCCAACAGAAAAACACCUUCGCAUCCACUUGUGAAGAGAUGAGGAACUCCGUUUCAGUUUCUGUAUCGUUUGACAAAUCGGAGCAUCAUAUGGUGUGUCCAAAACCUAGGCGGCUCAGCCUCUUCAACGACCCUGUUAAGCCUUUGAGAUGGCAGAUGUGCUAUCAACCAGAGCCAUAUGAAUCCAAAGAAAGCAUCGACAUAUUGGAAAUCAUCUUUGAAAAGGGUGGUGGAUAUGGUGGAUCCGAACCGUUUUUCAGUGGGUCACCACCAAGUAGAGUAUCUAACCCGUUAACACAAGACACCCGAUUCGGAUAUGGAGACAACAUUUGUAAGUCAUCAUCUGAAAAGAAAAUAGGAACUGUUGGGGGCAAUUUUGGUAAUAAACCAGCUGUCAGAAUUGAGGGGUUUGAAUAUGCCAGGAAUAAUUGCAGUAUCCCUGCUCGGGCUUAAUGCUUAAAUCAAACCCCUCACCCUCAAAUUCUUAUCAAAGUACAUAAGAAAUUAGCGAAUUGAUGAGAGGGAUUUUGAACAUUUUGAAGAGGAUGAAAAGAGGCAGAAGUGGUAUUUUUGUAAAUAAGUUUAAAGUAGGGGGUUUAUGUAAUAUGUAUGUAAGUAAAAUUAGGGUUAUUAACCGCAAAAAAAAAAUGUUAAAUUUUUUUGAAAACCCUUUUGGUGAUGAUUUGUAAGUAUAAAAGAUCUAGAGGGGGAAUUUUCUGAAGAGAAAUUUGUAGAAAGUGUAAUAUCGUUUUGUAGAAUUUUUGAGAUGUAUAUAUGUAUGUAUAUGUAUGGUAUCUAUCUAUGAUUCGAAGAAUGAGAUGGUAAUGUUUUGAUGUUUUACAAUUAAA